GCUGAGGUCUUUACAGUAGGUCCUACUACAGCAACCACCAAGGUUAGAAGUUUCAAAUGCCUGCCUGCGCAUAGAAAGAGAACAAUUUUGGCACCUUCAAAACGAGAGUCAGAAUCGAUGAAAAUCGAAAAUCAGCGACAAGCCCUCGAUUCUUGACAUUCUCGUUAUUCCCACCGAACCUCAUCUGAAAAAACUUUUCCCGGAAAAGAAAAGAGAAUCACUAUUUCUUAAACCUUUAACUUGUCUCCUCUCGAUGCGCAGCCCGAGGGGAUCGUCCAUUUAACUGCCUUCUGAUCAUCUGUAUUUCUCUCUGCUGUCAUUAUCACAACCUCCUUUGAGGCAAAGAAACUGCUGUUCCUUUCAUGGCGAGCGUCAACCGUAACGGCGACGCCAGCCAGCCUCUGCUGCAAGAACCAGUGGCGGAUGGCGACCGGGACGGCGGGGAUCAUGAUGACGAAGAGAAAACAAGCUUGAGCAUGAGAGUGUGGGCGGAGACAAGGAAGCUGUGGCACAUCAUCGGCCCUGCCAUCUUCGGCCGUGUGGCUCAGUACACCAUGAUGAUCGUCACGCAGGCGUUCGCAGGGCAUCUCGGGGAGGUGGAGCUUGCUGCCAUGUCCAUUGGCAUCAACGUCAUCAUCGGCUUCAAUUACGGCCUCUUGUUAGGUAUGGCAAGCGCGCUAGAGACAUUAUGUGGCCAAGCCUUCGGCGCAAAGAGAUACCGCAUGCUUGGCAUCUACCUGCAAAGGUCCUGGAUCGUGCUCUUUCUUUGCUGCUUCUUGCUGCUACCCUUCUACAUUUUUGCCACGCCGCUCCUGAAGAUCUUAGGGCAACAGGACGACGUGGCGGAGAUGACGGGCAAGGUCGCACUGUGGCUCAUCCCGUUGCACUUCAGCUUUGCCUUUCAAUUCCCCUUGUGGAGGUUCUUGCAGAGCCAGCUCAAGAACCAGGUCUUGGCAUGGGUCUCGCUGGCCAGCCUAGCGAUCAACGUGCUCACGAGCUGGCUCUCUGUCUACGUGUUCGACUUCGGUGUGGUGGGGCUGUCCGUCAGCUUCGAUAUCUCUUGGUGGUUCUUGGUGCUGGCGUUGUUCGCGUACACCGCGUGCGGCAGAUGCUCGUUGACGUGGACUGGCUUCUCCAUGGAGGCUUUCUCGGGGUUGUGGGAGUUUGUCAAAUUGUCCGCUGCUUCUGGAGUUAUGCUUUGUUUGGAGAAUUGGUAUUACAGGAUAUUGAUACUGAUGCCUGGAUAUCUAGAAAACGCCACGGUUGCUGUAGAUGCCUUGUCAAUAUGCAUGAGCAUCAACGCAUGGGAGAUGAUGAUCCCUCUUUCCUUCUUUGCCGCAGCCGGAGUGAGGGUGGCGAAUGAGCUUGGAGCUGGGAACGGCAGGGCCGCAAAAUUUGCAACCGUGGUGUCCGUUGUGCAAUCAAUAAUGAUUGGUUGCUUCUUUUGUGCUCUCAUCAUGGUUUUGCACGACAAAUUUGCGUAUAUUUUCACUUCUUCUGUUGAUGUUCUUGAAGAAGUGGACAAGCUUUCUUAUCUUCUUGCCAUCACCAUUCUAUUCAACAGUGUUCAGCCCGUUCUAUCAGGAGUUGCUGUUGGAUCCGGAUGGCAAGCGUAUGUUGCAUAUAUCAAUCUGGGAUGCUACUACGUUAUUGGACUACCUCUUGGAUUUCUCUUGGGUUGGGUUUUUAACUUAGGUGUUAUGGGUAUUUGGGGUGGAAUGAUUUUUGGAGGCACUGCUGUUCAAACCUUGAUAUUGGCUAUAAUAACAGUUCGAUGUGAUUGGGAGAAAGAGGCGGAGAAAGCUAAAAUGCGGGUUGCGAAAUGGUCUACUCCAACCCUUGAAGAUGAUGAAGCGGCUGCUAGAUAAAACUCAAUUUUUGAAGCUAUCAGUGUCACGUAAAUAUAGGUUUAGUGGAAUAGCAAGGAUGAGGAUUUGUUGGACCAGUAGCAACUACAACUAUCUGCUCCUUUUCACGCAACCUUUGAACGGCUACUUCUGCAUCUGCAAUCGAUCUUAGAGUUGGAAAAAGGACCGUCAAUAUAACACACAAAGAGAGAGAGGAUAUUUGUUGAUUUAAUUAUCGUUCGAGAGUCUCUAGAAUUUUAGAAUAUUUUCUUGCUUUCUAAGAGUUUAGGUCGCAACUUUCUUCUGUUAGUGAUCUGCUGUCUAAUUUAAUGUGAUUCCUAGAAUGUAUCAUGUUCAUUCCAUGCACGGACUUUCAUUUAUACCUUUGCCAUAAGUCAAAUGAGGUGAUAAAUGGAAUACUUGUUUCAUCA